AUGGACAACACCGGCAAGGAGAAGGAGGCCAUGCAGCUGCUGGCUGAGGCCGAGAAGAAAGUGAAAUCCUCCCAGUCCUUCUUCUCCGGCCUGUUCGGUGGCUCCUCAAAAGUGGAAGAAGCUUGUGAACUCUACGCCCGGGCUGCUAACAUGUUUAAAAUGGUGAAGAACUGGAGCGCCGCUGGUAAUGCUUUCUGCCAAGCUGCUCAGCUUCAUCUACAAGUCCAGAGCAAGCAUGAUGCAGCAACAAACUUUGUGGAUGCUGGCAAUGCCUUCAAAAAGUCUGAUCCUCAAGAAGCCAUCAACUGCCUGCUUCGAGCAAUUGAGAUCUACACUGAUAUGGGAAGAUUCACCAUCGCAGCCAAACAUCACAUAUCUAUUGCUGAAAUAUAUGAGUCUGAGUUGGUGGAUAUAGAGAAGGCAAUUGCUCACUAUGAGCAGGCAGCUGAUUACUACAAGGGCGAGGAGUCCAACAGUUCUGCCAACAAAUGUCUUCUGAAGGUCGCCACUUACACAGCUCAACUGGAGCAGUAUGCAAAAGCUGUUGAAAUCUAUGAGCAGGUUGGUACCAAUGCAAUGGACAGUCCUCUUCUCAAAUACAGUGCCAAAGAGUAUUUCUUCAAAGCUGCUCUCUGUCAUUUCUGCAUCGACAUGUACAACGCCAAGCUGGCAGUCCAGAAAUAUGAGGAAAUGUUUCCAGCUUUUUCUGAUUCCAGGGAGUGCAAACUAGUAAAGAAGUUGCUGGAGGCUCAUGAAGAACAAAACAUGGACAACUAUACAGAUGCAGUUAAAGAAUAUGACUCUAUCUCCCGCUUGGACCAGUGGCUGACUACAAUGCUGCUUCGCAUCAAGAAGACCAUCAAAGGAGAAGAGGAAGACUUGCGCUAA